UUCAGCAAGCUAGCAAGCAAGCCCUAUCCUCUCAGGAUGGAAUUUGAAUGCGAUUGCAGUUCCACGGGAGCCUGCGCACUGCUCCGCUAGCAAGAGAGGGCACAGAGAAGACCAUUUUUAACAUUGAAACUAAUUCUGUCUGCCUGUUUCUUUAUUUAUUUUGUUGUUAAUAUUAUUGUACCGCAGUGCGCCCGCCGUCACCACGAAAGCAAGCGAACAAUGCGGCUGCGGGCGUGUGUAGGGGAUUGGAACGAUCCCUGUUCGUUCCGGUUCUAGAACUGAGAGAUCCCGUCUGGAAAUACCUUAUGGAAACAGCAUGAGGGAGAUGGUGGGUGGCUGUUGCGUUUGUUCUGAUGAGAGAGGAUGGACAGAGAACCCGUUAGUGUACUGUGACGGACACGGCUGUAACGUCGCUGUGCACCAAGCCUGCUAUGGAAUUGUCCAAGUGCCCACCGGACCUUGGUUUUGCCGGAAAUGUGAAUCCCAGGAGAGAGCUGCCAGGGUGAGAUGUGAGCUGUGCCCUCACAAAGAUGGCGCUCUGAAGAGGACAGAUAAUGGAGGUUGGGCCCAUGUCGUUUGUGCCCUUUACAUCCCCGAGGUCCAGUUUGCCAAUGUGCUGACCAUGGAGCCCAUAGUCCUGCAGUACGUCCCCCACGAUCGCUAUAACAAGACGUGUUACAUCUGUGAGGACCACGGUCGAGAGAGCAGGGCUGCGUCCGGGGCCUGCAUGACAUGUAACCGCCCGGGCUGUCGACAAGCCUUCCACGUCACGUGCGCGCAGAUGGCUGGCUUGCUCUGCGAGGAGGAGGGCCUAGAAGCCGACAACGUCAAAUACUGUGGCUACUGCAAAUACCACUAUAGUAAAAUGAAGAAGCCCCGCCCGGUGGGGGGGGGCAGCGGUCCCGGAGGGGGUUCGUUCUGCCACACGAGGAGGAGCACCCCCGCCUCCCCGUCCCACGAGAAGCACAGCUCCCACCAGGACAAGCCCAGAAAGAACCACAAGGACAAGGCCCGGCAGAAGGAGAAGCACAAGAAACUCCCAGAUGGUCUGCCCACCCUGGUACCCUCCGUCUCCAGCAGCACUGACAAGGUCACCUCCAGCCACCAUGUGAGCCCCAAGGAGAGUGCGGAGGUCAGCAGGUCAGAGGUCAAGGGGAAGAAGACCCUGAGUCAUGCCAUUGGGCACCACGGCAGGAAGCUGGGUAGUGGGAGAAGCUCCACCAGUCCGUUCCAGCAAGGGACCUCCGUGCAGCAGGACUACCUGCACUUCUCCUCAUCCAAACUAGGACAGCACAGGGAUGAGGAGGAGGAGGAGGAGGAGGAGGAUGGCGGUGGCGAGAAGGAAGAGAAAAAGUACCUGAAACCUCCGACCCUGCCUCCACAACCCGCUUUCCCUCCACCCCCGCCCCUCACUCCUCCCUCCCCGUCCCCCGAGUCGCCCCGGGGCUCCCCUCCUUACGAGUCCCAGCCAGGGGGCAACAGCUUCGAACCCAAGGUCACCAUCUCCACCUUCGGCUCCAUCAUGCGCUUCACCACCUCGUCAGGCCCUCCGCGGCCCCGCGACGCCCCCCAAGGGGAGUGUAAGAGGCAGCCCCCCGAGGAGGGCCCCCGGGAGCCCCCGGUGAAGGAGAAGAAGCACCGGGGCAAUAAGAGGAGUAAGCACGGGCCUGGCCGGCCCCGGGGCAGCAAGAACAAGGACAGCUGCUACCACGGCCCUCCUCUCUCCAGCUCAUCGGCCCUGGGACCCCCUCCCCUCCCCAGGGCGGCCCUCUCCAGCAGCAGCUACCCCAGCUCCUCUCGCUCCUACAGCCUCAGCACUGACUGCCCCCUGCUGGGCUCCGGUAUCUACACGAGUAACAAGGAUCCCAUCUCCCUGGGUGGGGGAGGUUUGGGGACGGUCUGCAGCACCCCACUGUCCUCCAGCCUCCUGGGCCAGCAGGGGGCACCGUCCCUGCCCCAGCUCAGCCGCUGCUCUCUGCCAGGCACCAUCCCCACCCCCGCCACGGUCUCCGCCACACAGGUGUUCUCUUUACCUGGCUCCUCCUACAGCCUCACUUCCGCCCGCAUCUUUGGAAGUCCAUUAGCCUCCGGUUCAUCCAUCAACCAGCUCAUCAGCCAAUCAGAAAGCAGUCUGCCAGAACCUGAUUUGGAGGACUGUCGCUACCCUUGUAGAGGGAGCUCCCCGCGAGACAGCUUCUCCUCACCGUCUCCGAUGAGUAGUCUGCCCCUCCUCUUUGAUCAGCGGGAGGCGGGGGGGUGUCGGGGGAACGCCCCCGCUGCCACCUCCCAAAUCGAGCAGCUUCUCCACAAGCACAGCAGCGGGCAGACGGGGGUCAACAUUGUGGAGAUGCUCAAGUCCCUGCACUCCUUGCAGCAGGAGAACCAGCGGCUGCAAGACCAGAUCGUCAACCUGACCGCCAAGAAGGAGAGUCUGCAGGUCCUGAAUGUGCAGCUGGCUGUGCCCUUCCCUCCCGUACCCUCCAGCCUGCCCCUCCUGCCCCCCUCCUCCUCCUCCUCCUCCUCGCAGCUGCACUUCCACCCUGCACGCAGCGUCUGCAGCCCGGACCUCUUCAACAUCAGUAAAAGCCCCCCCACCAAGAGCAGCUUCCUGAUGGAGAACUCCCUGUCUGGCUCCUCCGAGGACCUGCAUUCUGGCUGCCCCAGUCGCAGUAGCUCCUCCCUCUCCUUCCAAAGCACCCCGCCCCCUCAGCAGAGCCCCGCCUCCCUGUCGCAGCCACUGGUCAACGGCCUGGGGAGGGGGGUGAGUGGGGCUCUGGGGGGAGGGUCUCAGUCAGCUAGCCCUGCCUUGCCCAUGGUGGGGGGACUGAUGGGGAACCUGAGCGGCAGCCCACAGAUGUCCAUGAAUGGGAUUAUGGGAAAUCUGAGCGGGGUCAUCCAGCCGCCAACCACAGCAGUGCCACAGACCCACAGCCUGGCACAGCAGAACAUGCAACUAGCCAACAGCCUUAACAGUGUCACAGACCAGCAGAGGCAGUUCCUCCUCCAGCAGCAGCAGCUGCACCAGCUCCUCACCUCCCAGCACUUCACGCCGGAGCAGCAGGUGGUUGUGUACCAGAUGCUACAGCAGCAGCAGCAUCAGCGGGAGCUCCAGAGACUGCACCUCCCCCUCAGCACCGCCGCGAUGAUGUCAUCCCCAGCCCCGCCCCCCCUCCUGACAGGGAACUCCCCGCUCGGCGGCAGGCUGAUUACGUCAUCGCCCACCCUCCUGCCCCCCGGCAACAGCCUGCUGACCCCGGCGACGGCCUCACCCCUGCAUGGCGGCCAGGGAAACCCCUUCCUGGGCCUGCAGCAAGACGGAAGCAUGCAGAAAAGUGGGGUGAGAAAGGAAGGAGAGGGGAAGGAGGGCCACUGAACCAGGAGAAAAACUGACACUGGCGCCAAGCGGUCAAGAGGUCGUAGGCCAGGGGUGAAAGUUUACAGCAGCAGGUCUUGGAGACUGUCAGUUUGAAGUACUUUUUACAGUAUGUCCAGUUGUGCUGGAACUGCUCCCAAACCAGCGGGAUUAAAUACUGUAGUCUUCUUUUUUUCUGUUCCUGUGAUUUUAAUCUGGAACACGGGGCCCCUUUCGCAAAGCUUUAAAUACAGUAACUCAUCGUGACUUUUAAAGAAUUUAAAUUUUUUUGAUUGAUUUGAUUUAAGCAAGAAAGUUGGUGACAGCCACGGACAUAAAUACAAAGUUAGAUCAUCUGCAAAAAAUGUAAGUAUGACAAACAGACAGACAGACCGACAGCUGCCUCUUUAUAACUUUCCAUGUGCACUCAAUAGCUUGUGCUAAAGAAGGUCC